AUGCUGUAUGAUCCACUACCAAGUGUUAGCAAAGCUUUCUCUAUGGUAUUGACUAUAGAAAGGCAAAGGUCUGUCCAUAAUAGCUAUGAUAAGAUUGAUAAUGUGGCUAUGAAUGUGAGGUCAGGUGGCUAUGGAAGGGGACAGAUCAAUCAAGGUAGAGGAUAUGUAGGAAGAGGAGGAUCUUGGCAAAGUGGUAGAGGAAGAGUUUUGACAGCAACCUUUAUUAUCAACAGGCUGCCUAGUGCAUUGCUCAACUGGAUAUCUCUUUUUGAGAAGGUGUAUGGGAAGGCACCUGACUAUACAAGACUCAAGCCAUUUGGAUGCCUGGCCUAUGCAGCCAAAGUUAGUCCACUCAGAUCAAAGUUUGAAUACAGAGGUCACAAAUGUAUUUUCUUGGGAUUGGGACCUGGAAAGAAGGGAUAUCAAUUGUAUGAUAUGGAUAGUGGAGACUGUUUCUUAGAAAGAGAUGUGGUUUUCUUUGAAGAUACAUUGGAGUCACAACCAAAAGAAGUGGUUCUCCCUCGAGUUAUGGAGAUUGACAGUCCAUCUGAAGUGGACAUUCCUUCAACCUCUGAGACUACCAUGGCACCUGAUGGCCUAAGGAAAGAACUAAGAAAAGGCAGACACCUACAUGGCAAAGUGAUUAUAUUUGUGGUGAAUCACACACUGUUCAGUCUUCAAAAGGAGUAUACCCCAUUUACACCUAUCCAUACACAUUACCCUCAGAGAUUUCCUUAG